AGUGGUUUCGCCAUGAGUUGCCGCCAGGGCUCAGACAAAGCAGCCGCGCACGACCGCUUGAUGGACGAACUGGUGCAACGCCUGGUGUCCAUGUCCGACGCCCGCGACUCCGGCGAUGCUUCAGCCCCCGUCACGCAGCAACAAGCCCACUGCGGGGCGGCCGGUGAGCCGAUCAGCGUGCCGCUGCCUCCGUCGGCCGUGUCGGUCAUCUCGUGCAGUUGCCACCAGCACGAGAAUCUGCACGUGCAGGUCACGAUCAAGUGCCCUUGCUCUCGGCCCAGCACUGCUGAGGCGACGACGCAGACGGAGCCGUCACCGGUGGAGAGACCAAAGGUGAAGUGCACUAUCCAGGCGGGCGGGAGAGCUCCACAGCGAGUUCAAGAAAUCGGAGAAAAGAUCACCUGUCAUAAAUCAUCUACCCAGCUGGGAGCCAUUGCUGCCAACGGUGCGUCCUCAAUGCGCGGCGCAGUAACAUCGAACCAUGCAGCAAGACCAAGUAAGUAA